AUGAGCAACUCAACCGAACCGACUUAUGCCCCGCAGGAGGCACUUGUCCUUGACCUUAAGGACUUCAUAUGCCGUAACAAGACUCGACUGGGAAAAUUCAAUGCAGCAGUUGCUUCGGCCAUUGAGAAUGGACAGGAUGACAUGGAAGCAGAAGGAAUAAAAGAUCUCAAUGGGUAUCUAAAAUACUGCGACGAGCUUCUACGCUGGAUUCCAACCGUAAAAACCACUGGAGACGCACUAUUGCGUAAGAUCCUAGUAUUCUACUGGGUCUUUGAUCAGCCUACCAUCUUGGAUUUGCAAACUCCCAUCUCGCCAGAGACAUCCAACAUCGAUCUUUCAUGGCUUUCAUACUGGCUAGUUUCGUUCGCACGCCAACAGGGCCAAUUCUUAAACACCCCCGCAUCAGGUGGAGCGAUUUACACUCUAUACUUGAACACCAAAUACAAUCCCGAGGCACCACUAUGGGAACAACCAAAAGGUGGUUGGAAAUCCUUCAAUGAUUGGUUCUCCCGUUCCUGGAAGAAUAUUGAGGCCGCACGUCCUCUCGAUAGUCCUGACGAUGACAAAGUGAUUGUCAUGCCAGCGGACUCUGUUCACGAUGGAAACUGGCCAAUCAAGAACGGAAAAAUUGAUCUCACGCUCACGAUCAAGGGAAUAGGCUACAAGUGGCCUAUCAAGGACUUACUGAGGACAGAGUCAACUACUUGGGAUGAGGGCCACUUCACUCAUUCCUUCUUGGGGCCCACAGACUAUCAUCGCCAACAUUCCCCAGUGAGUGGAGAGGUAAUUGAAGCAAGAGUAAUUCAAAAUCAAGUCUACCUCCAGGUAGCGACAAACACUACCACAGGCAAGCUGUAUGCGGAUCGUGCUAUGGUUCGGGCUCCAGCGGAAGUUCAGCGCCGGCGAGGUGUGCGAGUCGAGUACGAGUCUGAUGGACAAGGAGGUGACGGGGACUCAGAGGUGGGCGGCGACCAGGCAUUGAAAGAAGACCUGGAUGCCCCGGAUGACCCUGGUUAUCAAUGGUGUCAGACCCGCGGGUUGGUUGUGAUCCAAACCGAGAAGUAUGGCAAGGUUGCUAUUCUGCCUAUUGGAAUGGCCCAGGUAUCAUCUGUGGUUCUUUGUGUCAAAGAAGGUCAACAUGUUCAAAAAGGACAGAAUAUUUCUUACUUCCAGUUUGGUGGUUCUGACUGUGUUAUGGUGUUCGAACGCAGAGUUGACUUCAAGUACCCGCCUACAAAGAAGAAGAAGAUCAAUGUGCGCAAGGAGGUUGCUAGAUUUAAGUCCACUGAACUUGAAUAA